ACGCAACCACACCAAAACAAAAGAAAAAAAGACUAACACCUUCAAUUAUUCACUUACACUCAAUGGCAAUGGCUUUCAAGAUGGCGACUAUGGGUAUGUGUGUUUCGGAUGAAUGCCGGAAUUCAUUUAUGGAUAUGAAAUGGAAGAAGGUGCACCGAUACAUUGUGUUCAGGAUCGAUGAGAGAUCGAGGGCAGUGCUGGUCGACAAGGUUGGUGGCCCAGACACUACAAGAAAAGGGGGCUUUUGCCUCAACGAGGUAUACGAUGACCUUGCUGCAUCCCUUCCGGACGAUGAUUGCCGAUAUGCCAUGUUCGACUUUGAUUUCGUCACCGUCGAUAAUUGCCAGAAGAGCAAGAUAUUCUUCAUCGCAUGGGCGCCAACAGCUUCAAGGAUAAGAGCGAAAAUGUUGUACGCAACUUCAAAGGAUGGAUUGAGGAGAGUGCUGGAAGGAGUACACUACGAAGUGCAGGCCACAAAUCCAACCGAGAUGGGUAUUGAGGUUAUUAGAGACAUGGUCAAAUAGCCUGUCAUUCUAUAUCUCAUGCUACCUCCGUUUUAAAACUAAUCUUCUUUUUCCUG